UUAACUUUGAGAUUUCUCUCUAAUUUUACGGUAAUCCUCUCAUUUGGGAAAAUCCCUCCAAAAUUUUUCCCCAAAAUUCAAAUCCCUACUCUACAAAAAAAACCCACUGCGCCCAAUUCCAAUUUCAGACCCAAACUCGUUCUAUGGCCGCCGACUACGAACCUCCUUCUUUCUCUCUCGGACUCGAUUUCGGGUUCGAAUCGGAGCUCCAAACAGCUGCUCCGCCCGACUCCAGUCCUCCGCGUCCGGUUGACACUGAUGUGGAUCGAGAGAUCGAGCCGCCGCGGGAGCUCAAGAGGCUGAAGCGAGGUCUGCCGGAGAAGCGGGAGCCCCCAACGACGCCGUUUUGGAGUAUUGAAGAUGACAUCGAAGAGUUCUCUUCUCCCGAAGAUACUAUUCGAGCAGAUGUGCAACGGUCAACACAGUACCAAACAUCCUGUAGUAGUUCUAAAGUCCCGUUGCGUGGAAGUGGGGUUUUAGCUUCACAAUCAUCCAACCAUAGCAUUGGAAGGAAAAGGAUUCAUAUUUCUGAUGUCCCAGCUUCUGUGAGUUUGGAGGCAAGCCACAAAGAAUUUGUUUUUCCAAAGUUAACUACCAGCCCUCUUCGUAGGUUUCAGUUAAUUGAUUCCGAUUCUGAUGAUCCUUCAGUCAGUCAUAGUGUUAGUAGGGUUACUUCUAAGGUUGACUCAUCAUCAAAGAAGCAACACACAAACCCUGGCCAUUCUGCAACUACUAGUGGUACAAACAAAAAUGCAUCUACAAGUAUGCCUGAAGACGUUGAUUUGUGGAAAAAUUUUAGUCCAAUCAAGAAGUUUAACAUUCCAACACCUGCUUUGGAUGAGGUAUGUCAAGAAUACUUCCAAUCUGUGAAGGAUAAGACUACUCAAAAUCUGGAGAGGGAUGCAUAUCUGUAUACCAAUGAGAAUUUUCAUGAAACGACACCCAGUGGUCAAGAUGUUGAACAACUCUGGAAUGUGGCUGAUCCCCUUCCACCCGCCCAUCAUUACUUUUUCCACGAUGAUCCAAAGAUUCGAAAGUUAGUCUCUAGUCGCUUGCCGAAUUUUUCCCCCUUGGGUGCUGUUAGUGUCGGUGGAAAUCAAGUGACUGGUGUAUCAGUUAUUGAUUACAUGGGUCAAUUUAGCAAUGGAGAAGCUUCAAAACGGACAGUGAAUCGGAGACAAAGUAUUUCAAACAUAUCAAAUGUUGAAGAAGUCUUGCAUGGUUCUGGAAACUGGGUGAACCCAAAAGGUAAAGCUAAACAGAAAGGUAGUGUCAAGCGGAGUGUAAACAAGGGAAGAAAUAAGUCGGUCAAAUCAAACACCGGGAACAUGGAGCAUGCUUCUGGAAACUGGGUGGAACCCAGAAUCUCUGCCAGCAAAAAGCGGAUUCAAGCAAAUGCACAAUCUUCUGGUGAAUGGUACACACCUAGUCAAAGUGGUCAAGCUAGUGGGCAAGCUGGUGGUCAUUGGUAUACAGGUCCUGGUGGAAGGAAGGUUUAUGUUAGUAAAACUGGGCAGGAAUUGACAGGUCAAACAGCCUACAGACUGUACUCAAAGGAAAGUGGGAAACGGGCUGUGAAGGCCAGAAAAGGGAAAGCCAAAAAAUAAAAAUAGUUGAAUUUCAUGCCAUGUACCAAAAUUUUUCUGUAACAUUUAAAAAAGAAAUAAUCCAUGUUGUAUGAACAUAGUUUCAUCAAUUUGAUAUAGUGUAAGCCUUCCCAUGCUAAUCUUUUAAGACAGUUUGCUCAAGAUGAUAUCAGGAUA